UUCUAUUACCAUCAAUUGUCGAUGCAGAACUACAGUACCGGCUGCGUAUCAGUGACUAGUAUUACUUGCUCACAACCAUCGUUCCGUCGCCGCUCAGCUGACUCGCACGAAGUCGCGGAUGCGAAAAGGUUCGGCUAUGGCCAAGGUUAUGAUGAUCGUGAUGUCAAGACGUGUCGUCGCCUGUCAUACCUCAAUAAAAUGUGUAAUACAGUGCACAUUUCAACAAGUUCAAUUAUUCUUUCAGAAGAAAGAAAUGAAAGAGGAACAAAAAAGGUCAGUUAAGUUUUUCAAGUCAUUGAUAUGUUACUGCUAUGGUGAGUAUGUUUUUAAAAAGUUUAGGUGAUGUGAAUUUUAGAGAUAAUGUAGACUUCCCUUUUUUAUGAGAGAAUUAUAUUAUUAGAGAAUUUGUGUGACAUUCAUCAAUGAUUGGUCAUGAUGAUUAUAGCAAAUUUGUGCAUCCUUCACGGUUUCUGUGAGGAGAUUCCAGUGAUCUUUACUUUUUGAUAGACUUUGAUCAUCUUGCAAACUGUAAAUUAUUAAUGAGGUCUGUAUUUAUAAAAUUCAGGUCUUGUAUAACUGAAGCUCACUUUCUAUUCAUCAUUCUCUUCUCCGUUGUUCCUUUACAUGGCCAAGGGAGUUAAAGAUGUUAGUGUGAAGGAUCUAAGUAAUCCCACCAUACAACAUUAUAGAAAUGAAGUUGUAUUGACUUCAGAGAGUUAUUUUAAUUUUAUUGGGUACAUUUUCUAAUACUUGAGAAUAUUGAAUGAACACAUUGUUAUACAGUCAAAAAACUGUUUGUUAUAUACUGAAAAUACUAAACAAGAUGCUAAGCUUUGUCUGUGUAUCUAAACCAUGUUGUCUUUUUUAGAAGUAUAUAAAAAUUUUAUGAAAUAGCAUUUUACAAGAAUAUUUGGACACAUUUAUAAUGAACUUUUAGAAAAUAUGAAUUAGAGGAAAAAGUUGAACAAUUAAAAUAAACUCAUCCUCAAACAUUGAAGAUUCUGUAUAAUUAUACAUGUGCUAUCUAACACCUGUAGAAUGGGAUAAAAUUG